AACGCUAAGGCCACUUUGGUGGUGACGGUGUUGAGGGUCGCUUCUUUGCUCGUCGGGGACGGAGCAAGGAGGCUAGUUAUUCCGGGCGGUCGCCUCGAGACUCUCGGCCCGCGGAGUUUGUUUGGAUUUAAUCUCGAGGUUGCAGGCACCCGCCCGCCUGCGGGCCUCGCGGGGCCGAGAGGGAAGCACCGGUGCCUGUGGCCGGCGCCUGCCGAGUCCCCGACGCUCGCCCGUCCGCGCCGCUGCCCGUGGCGGUCGCGUCUCGGAACCGCGGGGUCGUGUUUGUGUUUGACCCGCGGGCGCUGGCGGCGUGGCACGCGGCUGAAGCCGGUGCCAGCGGGGCGGGGCCCGGCGCAGCGGAGGCGGAGGAAGACGGAGCGGGAGUCCGGGCAGGCCCGGCGGCGCCAUGGAACUGGGCCCGGAGCCCCCUCACCGCCGCCGCCUGCUCUUCUCCUGCAGCCCCACUCCUGCUCCGCAGCCCACGGGGAAGGCGCUGUUUAGCGCGUCGGCUGCUGGCGGACUGUCCCCUGUCACCAACCUGACGGUCUCCAUGGACCAGCUGGAAGGGCUGGGCAGUGAGUGUGAGAAGCCAAUGGAGGUGAGAAACAACAGCAGUCUACAGAGAAUGGGCUCCUCUGAAUCGACAGAUUCAGGUUUCUGUCUAGAUUCUCCUGGGCCCUUGGACAGUAAAGAAAACCUUGAAAUUUCCCUCAGGAGAAUACAUUCCUUACCUCAGAAACUCUUGGGUUGUAGCCCAGCGCUAAAGAGGAGCCAUUCUGAUUCACUAGACCAUGACAUCUUUCAGCUCAUCGAUCAGGAUGAAAAUAAGGAAAAUGAAGCAUUUGAAUUUAAAAAGCCUGUAAGACCUGCAUCUCGUGGCUGCCUCAGUGUUCAUGUACAUGAGGAAAAUAAAGAUCUCUUCACAUACAGGCAGAACUCAGCCCCAGCUCGUAUGCUCUCUUCAAAUGAAGGUGAAAGCAGUGAGUCUGGAAACUUCAGUCCUCUUUUUACAUCCCAGUCACCUGUGAAAGCCACUUUGUCUGAUGAGGAUGAUGGCUUCAUAGAUCUUCUGGAUGGAGAGAAUCUAAAGAAUGAUGAAGAGACCCCUUCAUGCAUGGCAAGCCUCUGGACAGCUCCCCUUGUCAUGAGAAGACCUACAAACCUUGGCAAUCGGUGCAGGCUGUUCGACUCCCCUUCCCCGUGCAGCUCCAGCAGCAGCUCCAGCACUCGGUCCCUUUUGAAGAGAACAGAACGAUCUCAUGCUGAAGAGUCUCCUCGAAGAAGCACGAAGCGGAGGAAAAGUGUGUCCAGUCCUGUCAAAACAGAUGUUAUAGAGCCAACCCAGGAGGUUAGUUGUGCAAGCUCUCUAAACAUUUCUACUUGAUGGUCCUAUCCUUUGAACGGCAUUCUUAAACUUUCACAUUCCCCUAAAUAUCUUCUGUUUCCUUUUUUAAAGGGUUAUCUCUUCCAUACGGUCUCUGGGAAGCAUCAAGAUUUGAAAUAUAUUUCUCCAGAAAUUAUGGCAUCUGUUUUGAAUGGCAAGUUUGCCAAUCUCAUUAAAGAGUUUGUUAUUAUUGACUGCCGAUACCCAUAUGAAUAUGAAGGAGGUCACAUCAAGGGUGCUGUGAACUUGCACAUGGAAGAAGAGGUUGAGGACUUCUUGCUCAAGAAGCCUAUCGUGCCUUCCGAUGGCAAGCGUGUCAUUGUCGUGUUCCACUGUGAGUUUUCUUCUGAAAGAGGCCCUCGCAUGUGUCGAUAUGUGAGAGAAAGAGAUAGGCUUGGCAAUGAAUACCCCAAACUCCACUACCCUGAGCUGUAUGUCCUAAAGGGGGGAUACAAGGAGUUCUUCCUGAAAUGUCAGUCCCACUGUGAGCCCCCCAGUUACCGACCAAUGCACCAUGAAGACUUUAAAGAAGACCUCAAGAAGUUCCGCACCAAGAGUCGGACCUGGGCGGGGGAAAAGAGCAAAAGAGAGAUGUACAGUCGCCUGAAGAAGCUCUGAAGCCAGGCAGUGGCGGCCUAAGCUUCCCUCUGCCCCUUCCCUUUCCCUUUGCUACAGAACAGGAAGCAAAGGAGCCAGCUGUUGUACGUGGAGAACAACCUGGGCCUUCCAUGUCUUAAACCUAUCUCCUACACUCCAGGUUGUAGCCCAGGGCAUCCUAUUGUUAUGCUCUUUUGUCCUAUAAGACUCCUUCCUUGUCAGGACUGUCUGCCAAAGCUGGACCUGCCACAGCGCAGACCGGAGUCUAUAGUCUAGAGCGCCACGUCAAUCUGCUCUGACAGCAUCCCAUGAAGAAGUAGCAGGGGCCUUAUUGGGUGGACCCUGGCCUCCUGUCGUGCAGGGAGAGAAGUGGCAAACAGAAGUGCUGCUGGCCAAAUACCAAAGAUAGGCUGGAAGAGGUCCUCGUGGAUGACCCAUAACUUUAAUUUAUUCAGCUUCAUCAAUUGUUUUAUUUUUAUUUUUUUAUUUUUUAUUCCUCAAGACUUACUUUACUGCUUCAUUGAGUCAAAAUACUGCCAUUCUAGGUAGAGUUUUAUCAUCCCAGGAACUACCUCUGCUUUUAAUUUAAAAAAGAAAAGAAAAGAAAGAAAAUGGGGCAGGGAUAAGAAAAGGUAAACCUGUUGUUGUGGACAGCGCUAGGAGCUCAGUCACCCCUAGGAGGCGCUGUGGACUGGGAUUGCUGCUACUCAAAGUCAAGGACUGAGAUACUGGUAAGAGCCUGCACCAGAUCCAGGCUUGGCUACAGGACAUAAGCUAACCUUCCCAGGCCUACCUCUGUCCUUUGUGAUCUCCUUGGGAAAGUUUUGUCUCCACUCUCCUCGCCCCAGGUCCCCAGGAUAGUGGCUGGUAUCGGAGUCACAAGAAAGCACUUCAAGGAGCUUCCAUCUGGCCACCCCCAGGCCAGUGCUGGAAUGCUGUAGUGUAGGUACCCCAAGGUGAGAGUGGGAAGGGAUGAGUGGAGACCACAGAGUUAGGGAGGAGCAUGCCCACUGAAUGUCCUUUAAAAAAAAAAAAAAGUCAUUUUAGGAGUUGAGUAUCAAAUCAGUGUUGGGUGGGCACCCAAGGAUGCGGGGGGCCCAGGCCAUUAGGUGGAAGGAGUGGGCCACGGCCUACAGAUGACUGUAGAAUUUCUCAGGAGGGAGUGUGGUGAAUUUGAAUUAAAAUGUUCUGGGUUUAUCAUGUUUUGAUUUGAGGGACAGGGAGUCAUGAGUCACCCAAGUUACCCCCUUAAUCUAACCCCGUGGAAGUGAGGGUCUUGAGGAGCUGUGCAGCCUGUGUGGUGCCUGUUCAUCAACGUUCUCAGGUACCAGUCUCCCGGUCAUCUUUGCUCCUCUGGGCUCUAGCCAGGUUUUUCUUAGGGAAAGUCUCCCCUCUUACCUCUGCUUUCUCUUCUGGGGGUGGGGAGGGAAUCAAUGAUACUAAAUAUGGCUAGUUGCUUUGUUAUGGGUUUGAGUCACAUUUGGCUAUAAAACAAAUCUUGUUGGAAAUGUGUGGGGAACAAGGGAGUGAGCAGCCUCUUCCCAAUUUUGAAAUAUGUCCCGAUUGAUCUCUGGUCUGGUUUGUAGAGAUUCUGUUAGUUAAAUGCUGUAAGGAGAAUGGCUUUUUGGAUUGUACUGGCUUAGCUAGCAUUGUUAACCAACUGUUGCAGGCUCUGCAAAUAAAAGUGAUCUUGAACCCA